AUGACUCUGUUUGUUCCUCCCUGUUCCUCCCCUGCUGUCAGCCUGCUGUACCUGUCACUCCUGUCAUGGGUGACCACACCGUCGUUAGACAUCGUCGAGCUCUAUGAGCAGGUAUUGGGGAUCCAUUGUCAGCCGAUAUGGGAUUCAUCCUGGAUGGAGAACGUCAGAGAGCCUCAAAUAGUGGAGUGGUUUGCCCAUGUACCUAUGACCACUAAGGAGGGCACAUUUGCCUAUACCUUCUUCUCCAUAGUAAACCUUUACUCAGCAAGACUCGGGCUAACUGGACAUCAUGCCAGCUUGCACAGUCACAGGGUCAUCAAUAUUCCACAGAAUGACAAGGGGGUACCGGAACUACAGCCCGGCACACUGUGUUUCGAUAAUGUGACUUGGCACGGCUCGGCAUGA